AUGUCCACUGCGCAUUCGGAGGCUGCGCUUGCCGUCUUGACUGGCAUCGGGCUACUGCAGCACAUCACGAGCUUCCAGGAUGGCUUACCUUACGUGGUAGGCCAAAUGGAUGUCAGUCUUAAGAGUUUCACGAAACUCGGGAGCUUCCGUGGGAAGCUGCCUCAAUUCGCCAUCCGCCGACGCGACCAGAAGAUGCUGGAGCUGCUGCUCAGAGCCACGCAGAACCCGAACCUGCAGAAGCUGCCGCAGAUGCAGUUCAGCGGCGUGCGUCGUUGCGCCAUCGAGUACAACAGCUUACAGCUUUUGAAAUGGCUACACGCCACGCGUAACAAGUCUCCGACCCUUUCGGGUGAGCCGAGGCUGCUUGGUGUAGCGGUGACCAGCUACUUCGACAACGUCGAGAUAAUGGAGUGGCUGUGCAAUGCACCGGACGGUCCGCGUGAGUCGGUUCAGGCGGUCACGGAGGUCGAAGUUUGUCGUGCAGCGGGGCUGGGCAACGUUCGAGCCAUUCGCUGGCUGCAUGAGCAUGGCAGUACGGCAUUCUCGCUGCUAGUGAUGGACACGGCCGCAAUGCACGGACAUUUGGAGAUUGUGAGGCUUUUGCAUGAGAACCGACGAGAAGGAUGCACGACGCGCGCUGAACGGGUACCAUGA